AUUUUCAUUGAAAGAUAUCCAAAAUGAGUCUAAAGAUCUGGUACGACCCAUUCUCCCAGCCAUGAAGAGCUGUCAAGUUCGUCCUCAAUAAACUCGGAGUCGAAUACGAGACUGUUGAGAUUGCAGUAGUCAAGGACACCAGGACUGAAGAUUUCAAGAAGAAUGUCAACCCGAACGGGACUGUUCCGACAGUUCAUCAUGAUGACCUUCAGAUCUAUGAAAGCUCAACAGCCAUCAGAUAUCUCCUCGACACUUUUGAAGGAGAUGAGACGUUGCUCCCAAGAACUGACCUGAAGCAGAGAGCUAAAGUUGAUUAUUGGCUUGACUGGAACAAUACCAUUGGCAGACCUGCUAUUGAGAAACCUCUCAAAGAAAUUGGUAUCAAGCCGAAAGUGUUUGGUUUCCCAGAUCCGUCCGAAGAAGAGAAGAAGGAACUGCUAGAGAACAUGCAUACCGCUCUUGCUUACAUCGAGUUGAAUCUUGAAGGCAAAUCUUAUCUGACUGGUGAAAAUCUAACUGUAGGAGAUGUCCAGGUUUACAAUGAAGUAUUCGAAACCAAAACGGUUCUCAGCCUAACUUAUGAAGAAUACCCAAAUAUUUUGGCUUGGCUCGAAAGAGUUGGAGAGGACGAAGAAAUCAAGGCUCUUAACGAAGCCAUGCACAAGAGGCUUGAAGGAUAAUUAUGUAAUUUUGAUUCAACUUUCAAAAAU